AUGGCCAACAUCGAGCAAACAUGGAGCCUCGCCGGCAAGGUCGCCGUCGUCACCGGCUCAGGCCGCGGUAUCGGCAAGGCCAUGGCCAUUGAGCUCGCCAAGCGUGGCGCCAAAGUCGCCGUCAACUACGCCAACGCCGUCGAGGGUGCCGAGCAAGUCGUCAAGGAGAUCAAGGCCCUCGGCAACGGCUCCGACGCCCACGCCUUCAAGGCCAACGUCGGCAACGUCGAGGAGUCUGAGAAGCUCAUGGACGACGUCGUCAAGCACUUUGGCAAGCUCGACAUUUGCUGCUCAAACUCUGGUGUUGUCUCUUUCGGCCACUUCAAGGAUGUCACCCCCGAGGAGUUUGACCGUGUCUUCAACAUCAACACCCGUGGUCAGUUCUUCGUAGCCAAGGCCGCGUACAAGCGCAUGGAGAUGGGUGGCCGCAUUAUCCUCAUGGGUUCCAUCACCGGUCAGGCAAAGGGUGUCCCCAAGCACGCUGUCUACUCUGGCUCAAAGGGUGCUAUUGAGACUUUCACCAGGUGCAUGGCUGUCGACGCUGGUGAGAAGAAGGUCACUGUCAACUGCGUUGCCCCCGGUGGCAUCAAGACUGACAUGUACCACGCCGUCUGCCGCGAGUACAUUCCCAACGGUGACCAGCUCUCCGACGACCAGGUCGACGAGUACGCCUGCACGUGGUCCCCCCACAACCGUGUUGGCCAGCCAAUAGACAUUGCCCGCGUCGUCUGCUUCCUGGCUUCCCAGGACGGUGACUGGGUCAACGGAAAGGUCAUUGGUAUUGACGGUGCUGCUUGCAUGUAA